UUCCGUGUAAUGUAGUGAGCGAGUGAGAGAAAUCCUGAUGUAAAGAAAAUUUUACACAACGGAAAUUGAUUUGACUAAUCUUGAAAAUACACAAAAAAUUAAAGGAAAAAGGAAAGACAAACUCAAAGCAGAUAAACUAUUGCAUAGUUAAAGGCGCUGGAUAAUUGCUAAAGUAAAUAGCAAGAAAAUUUAAACGAUAUUGUUGGCAGUUGGAAGUGCUUUUCCUCCAACAAACAUACAUACACACAAACAUAUAUAGGAAAUUUUCAAGGACCUUUAAGACACUUCGUGUGCGCUCCUGUGUCAGAGUGUGCGUGUGUGUAUACGUGUAGAUAUUUUUUAUCGAGUGUGUGUGUGUGUACAAGUGUGUGUUGUUCGUUCCUGCCUCAAGUGCAAUUAUAAAUGGCGUAAUUUUUGUUUUGUGCAAAAGGCAGCCGUGUCAUGAACAUUGCUGUUAACCGAAACAAGUCCUGGCUAUCAUUUGACUUUGUGGCAACAAUCAAAACGGCGCAAGGAAGAUUUUCAAGCAUACAUUUGCAGAAGGAGACUCGCCGGGAGACUAGCGAGCACCUCUGCCCACGACGACGACGACGACCUGCAAAAUGGAUGAAUGCGACAACCUCGUCGUCGUCACAUUAAACGCACAACACGAGGGGGCAACCAUCACCGCAGACGAUAGCACCACAACAGCACAGCAGCAAUUUCAACAGCUUCAGCUUCAGCAUCAGCUUCAGCUUCACGACAUAAUCGAUGAUAACGACGAGCUCUUAGACAAAGACAUACAGGAAUCACAAGUGCAGCAGCAGCAGCAGCAGCAGCAGACCACAAAGAGCGACAGUAGAUCCAGGACUAGAACCAGAAAUACAAACGAAACGGAAUCAGUUACAAGAAACGAACUAUUUACAGCAGAGGAGCAAGAAGACGCAGAAGUUGACGCGGAAGUCGAGGCUGUCAUUAUGGGUCAGGCAGAGAGCAAGAAGCAUGGCGGCAAGUCGAAUCGUCGUAAUCUCAAUGCAAAUGGCAAUACAUUGGACUUGGCCGAUCAGCAACUACAGCAACAGCAGCAGCACUUGCAUACCAAAGGGACGGCAAUGUCCUUUGGUUUUCGUAAAAAACUCAAUGGUACUCCCAAAAAGUUCAAAAAACUGCUCGACAAGACAAUAGAUUCUGAACUCAUCACAGAGACAAAGGACGACAAUGGCAAUGCAGCUACCACAACCAUCACUCCCAUACAUUUUGAGAAAGUGGGCGCUGUCGCUGCAAAAACAAAUCCAAUGCCAAGUGCUACUGCUCCUCAUGGAGGUACAGGUGUGUCCAGCAAACGUUUUGGCUAUCGCGGCGCUGGAGUUGGAGCCCUACCGCGUCCCGCAUCGACUGGCCUAUCGGGGCCCUCGGGCGAAGAGUCCGAUGAGUCGGCCGCCAAUGCCCAGAAUAACAAUUGCAGCAGCAGCAGUGGAGCAACAACACCGGGAGGCGGCACUGGUUCCGUGCUAGUAAGCAAUUUGAAACGUCGCUCCAAGAGCGCACAUGCCGGUCGAACUGGUAGUGAUGGGGAGCCUAAAAUAGCUCAGCCCAAAACUCUGACGUUUAAUCUCAACCAGAACACAACCAUCGAGUAUCAGAGGCGGCAGUUCUUUGGCGAGAUAGCGGACGAAGAAUUGUCCACUAAGCGUCCUCAGCAGCGUUACAAUUACAACAAUUUGGCCAGCAUGCAUGCAAAUGUGAUCGUACGUCCAACGCCGCGUGCUCCGCCAGCUAGUUAUGCCAAAUUCACAUUGCAAACGGUUAGUUUGCCGCGUCCCGAGUAUCCGGUGGCCAUCAGUUUGACAGCCACAACACCGACGACACCCAGUAGCAGUGUCCAAUCACCGGUUCCCGCACAUUCGACAGGUGCCCGAGCCAAGGAAACAUCUUGUACCAGCAGCUCGCGUCAGCAUCCAUUAACUUCUGUUCAUGCCCAACCACAAGGCCAGCGCCAUCUCGACCAGAAGAGUGUCAAACAGUUGACUAACAAUUCGACAAGACGCGGUUUCUCUGGCAGUCGAGAGAUUAGCGCCGACUCUGGCAUAGCCAGCAUGGACAUGGCCAUGGACAGCAGUUCGGGCAGCAGUUCCAUCAGCUCAAAACGAAGUCGCAGUCGGCCACGUAAUCUGCAAAUGGUGAUGAGCGGACGGCAUACAUUCGAGGUGAAAGAUGUGGAUGAUCCACCUUCCAGUGAAUCGAAUUCAUUUGUAGAGCCCUUGGCCUUGCCUAAAUUGCCAACUGAUAGCAGUCAGACCAUUCCCUUGCCAUUAGUUGGACUAGUGCGGUCCAAUACGGUGCUGAGCCGUGAGAGCUAUGAACGAAGACAGGCAACAACUGGACAGGAUCAGACUGGUGCUGCUUCUACAGAUCAGCAACAGUUGAAAUCACAUUCCCAGGCUCCGAAUCAGGGUAAUGGUGCUGGUGCUGGUGCUGCUGGUGGCGGUUCGGAUGAAAGCGAAAGCAUUGAUGAAGAGAAAUUAUAUUUGGAUUCAUCGACAUCGGAGAAGAGUGCCAAACAUUAUAGUCAAACAUCUUCGGGAUCCUCGUGGCGCUGCCUAGCGGGCGAAUCUCUGGCGGCCAGGGAUUGUAGCAGCAUGAGCAUUACCAGUGGCAGCACCAACACCAGCAGUGCAACUCGGGCACCCGUUAGGGAUAAUGACAAAGAGGAAGAUAUGUCUCUUGGACUCGAUGAUAUUAGUCUAAUCAAUACGGAUAUGCAGUUUAGCACAAUUUCUUCUAUAACCGAUCUUGCCCCUAAGCCCAGUACAAGCAAUUCAACGAAUCAGGCUCCGGAACCCUUGCUCAACAUGCACAUUGUGGAUAAUCGGGAAGUGACUGUCACACGGACAUCCAGCGAACGUCCGCGGUCUUUCAACAAUGCUCUGAAUGAAUCGAAAUUCGCCGAACUGGCAUUGGCCAGUAGCACUUGCCUCCUGCUGGACGAUGAAACAUCGCCCACAGACAGUCUGGUAAGCAGCACCGAAGAGUCCGAGGAGGCCACUGGCAAGCUCAAGAAGCAUCGACUCAACGAGGAGUUGCAGCAGAAGGACAUUGAUAUCGAUAUCGAUGAAAUCUCGCCAGUGCUGGAACUCGAACUGGAUCCCGGUAGUCACAGUCCCAUCUCACCAGGCACACCCACUCAUGCCUCCCAUUCGUUAUCCCUGGGCUCGGACUGUGGCAAUUUGAUUGACGACGAGAUUGCCGAUCAGCCGGCUCUGCUGUGCAAUAGUGAGGCCCAGGAGGCAGGAAACACCGAUACGCCCACACUAAUGGAGACACACAGUCACACUCAGACGGGUUCGUUGCGUUCGCUUAAAAGCCAAUCAAAGGCCCGCACUGCCCUUCAGCAGGCCAUCGAGCUAAGCUUGAGGACUCCGGCUGCGGUACGCAAGGCUGUGCUUGAUCGUGCCGAAUCCUUAGAUACCCUGUCGCCGUGUGAAUCCAUUUGUUCGGAUGAUCUAAUGAUGGACUUUGAUAUGAAUAGCAGUCUGGAUUCUAUUGAUCGUACUGUGUCGGUCCGCAGUCGCAGUGGUUCGGAUCUACAUAGAAUUGGGCGAGGCCCACGGCAAGGCGAUGAAAUCGAUCCAACCAUCCAAGCCGAGACCGAGGCAGAACUUCUAUCCGAACUAGAGCGCAAAGGCAGCGAUGUGAUGAAGGAGCUGAAUACUUUACUCCGUGGCAGGAUGCAACGCAGUGGAGCCAGAGAGCGUAUCAGCGCUCAAUUGCCGGCACGAGCCACCCGCUUACUGAAUCGAUCUCGUCUUCAGGAUCAGCAACUGCAACACGGCAACGAUUCGGACAAUAGUAUACGUUCCACGCAUAGCAGUGGAACGGCAACGGCAACUGCAACAGCUGCACAUAAACGAAGCUCAGCCAAUUCUCGGGCCUCGACAGCCUCAUCCACAUCCAGUUUGCAGCGUCAGCGUCAACGACAGCCCAUAAGUGGGCAGAAAAGGCGAGAAGGUAGCGGGGCAGAGCUGCAUAGCUCAUCGGACGAUCUCAUGUUGUAUGACAAGUCAUUCAGGAAUGCCAUGAUACAGGAUGUACUCCAGUUUAAGAAGCAGCUGCUCCGACUGCGACGCAUUCUACAAGAGACGGAAACUUUGAAUCCAUUUGAAAACGAUAACGUUCAGCUAUUUGCUGCUUGUGGACUGGAUAGCAAACAAUUGAAUGAUAUCGAUUUGGCCAGCCUGACCUCAUCCACCACGGAGGAUCCGUUACAGGAAUUAUCGGAUCUACGUAGACAGGUGGUUUACCUUCAGGGUCAAGUCGAUGAUCGUGAUCGGACCAUUCGCUUGCAGCGAGAUCUCAUUGAGCAACUGGAGGCCGAGAAGCGGCAACAUCAACAACAACAACAACAAGGAGGCGCAGGAGAAGGGUCAAAUGGCGACAAUGUCGAUACAUUGAGUGCCAACAAGGAGCUUAAACUCAUCAGUAUGGCCACCCAAACGGAGCGGACACGACCACUUGCCAUUGGUGCGGAGGGUUUGUCCAGAAGUAAGCCCGAAUAUACCAGUUAUACCACACACUUUCCGAUGCUCCAUUUGCACUGCAAUGAUUCCACAGUGGCAGCAACAACAAUAAUUCGUCACCAUCAGCAACAGCAUACGGGAUGCCACAGCAACGGCAACGGCAACGGCAACAACGGCAGCAGCAACGGCAGCAACAACACGUGUCCGGCUUUAAGUCAAACACGUCGCCACACAAUAAUCUCUACAACGUUGACCAAUUACAAUCAGCAAUUGGCUGCGGCAGCCACAUUACCCGGAACACCGCGACGCGCUUCCAUUGGCUGGGAUACCAGCAAUAGCACCAGCAACUCUAGCAACUCGAGCAACUCUAUUUCAACAGAGAAUCCUACAAUACCGCAUCAUCCAAAUGCAUAUAAGCCAGUGCGUAUAACAUUGAUCGGUGAUCCACAGCUACCACAACCAAAUGGCGUUAAAAUGCGCUACACAACAAAUGGCUGUCAGAGUGUUAAGGUGAAGAGCAAUAGUAAUGGGCAUGGCCCAUCUCCACAUUAUCAGCCGUUAUAUAACAGCAACAAGAUGACAAACCCAACCGUAACUAUAGUCUGAUUUGGAUACCAGUUUCUUCAAACACACACUCACACUCAAAAAAAAAAUCCAAUUUUUUGGAUUAAUUUUUUUUUUUUUGUUUGUCGUCGCAAGUCUUCAAAACGAAAUGAAUAAUUAAAGUAGGAGAAAUAGAAAAUAGUAGAUACCGAGUAUACACAUAUUUCUAUUAGAUAUAAUUGCUCUUUUUUCCCCCCCCCUCUUUCACUUUGGAUAAACGUGUCUACGUAUACUCAAUAUCUAUUUCUUAAGACAAUUCUGAAACACAAAACUGAAAAUGAAAAGGAAACUGUGUAACAUCAAGAGCCUCCCAAAAUAUAUACACACAUAACUAUAGUAUAUUCUCUAUGUACAAUAUGCGGCAAAAUUAAUUAAUAAAUAUCUAUAAUUAUAUUAAUAUAUAUAUAUAUACAAAUUAGUGGAAUAUUAAACUAACUCCUUUGGGGGAACAAUAAACAAAACGAAAAAGAACCCCAACAACAUAUGCAAUUAUCAUUGUUAAUUAUGUUUGAUUAAGUUAACACUUUUUUUUUGUUUGCUUUUUUUUCUUCGUCUUUUUGUCGUCGGUAUAAGUAGAUUUUUUUUGGGAUCUAAUUUGAUUGCAAAUUCCAUUAUGCAAUAGCACAAUAAACAUAAAUUAAUUAUAAUUAUUCGAUAUAAUAUUUAAUAUAUAUAUACUUAUUGUAUUGUACGUAAACAAAUUCGCUAAGCCUAUUAAAAAGAAAAGUUAUAAACAGUAAA